GGCUCCCAUCUCUAUUCUUACCACUGCUCACCUGCCCCCCUCUCCUGAACCAAAUCAGCAUGGGCCACCCAGAGGAAGUCGACGUGAUCGUUGCAGGAGGAGGUCCCGCCGGCUGCGUCGUCGCUGGACGUCUUGCCUAUGCCGACCCGACUCUCAAGGUUAUGCUCAUUGAGGGCGGCGCGAACAACCGCGAUGACCCUUGGGUAUACCGCCCCGGUAUCUAUGUCCGCAACAUGCAGCGGGAUGGAGUAAACGACAAGGCUACCUUUUACGAGGACUCCAUGCAGUCUUCUCAUCUGCGUGGCCGUCGCUCGAUCGUGCCCUGCGCCAACAUUCUCGGCGGUGGUAGCAGUAUCAACUUCCAGAUGUACACACGCGCCUCUGCCUCCGACUGGGACGACUUUAAGACCGAGGGCUGGACCGCCGAGGACCUCUUCCCGCUGAUGAAGCGCGUCGAGAACUACCAGAAGCCGACCAACAACGACACACACGGAUACGACGGCCCGAUCGCGAUCAGCAACGGCGGGCAGAUCACUCCCGUCGCUCAGGACUUCCUGCGCGCGUCGCACGCUAUCGGCAUUCCCUACAGCGACGAUAUCCAGGACCUGAAGACGAGCCACGGUGCUGAGAUCUGGGCAAAGUACAUCAACCGCCAUACCGGCCGUCGCAGUGAUGCCGCCACUGCCUACGUGCACAGCGUCAUGGACGUCCAGAACAACCUGUUCCUGCGCUGCAACGCACGUGUGUCCCGCGUCCUCUUCGACGGGAACAACAAGGCCGUCGGUGUUGCGUACGUUCCCUCGCGCAACCGCACCCACGGCGGGCAGGUCCAGGAGACCAUCGUCAAGGCACGCAAGAUGGUCGUACUGAGCUCCGGCACGCUCGGUACCCCUCAGAUUCUCGAGCGCUCUGGUGUUGGCAACGCCGAGCUCCUCAACAAGCUCAACAUCCCGGUCGUCAGCGACCUCCCCGGCGUCGGCGAGGAGUACCAGGACCACUACACUACCCUCUCCGUGUACCGCGUCUCCAACGAGACCCAGACACUCGACGACUUCCUCCGCGGCGUCAAGGACGUGCAGAAGGAGCUCUUCGCCGAGUGGGAGACGAGCCCGACGAAGGCGCGCCUCUCCUCGAACGCGAUCGACGCGGGCUUCAAGAUCCGUCCGAACGAGAAGGAGCUGAAGGAGAUGGGCCCCGAGUUCAACGAGCUCUGGGACCGCUACUUCAAGGACAAGCCCGACAAGCCCGUCAUGUUCGGCUCGAUCGUCGCCGGCGCGUACGCCGACCACGCUCUCCUCCCGCCCGGCAAGUACGUCACCAUGUUCCAGUACCUCGAGUACCCGGCGUCCCGCGGCAAGAUCCACGUCAAGUCGGCGAACCCGUACGUGGAGCCGUUCUUCGACAGCGGCUUCAUGAACAACAAGGCCGACUUCGCGCCCAUCCGCUGGAGCUACAAGGUGACGCGUGAGAUUGCCCGCCGCAUGGAUGCUUUCCGCGGCGAGCUCACCUCGCACCACCCGCACUUCCACCCGGCGUCGCCCGCGGCGUGCCGCGACAUCGACAUCAAGACCGCGCGCGAGAUCUACCCCGACGGGCUGACGGUCGGCAUCCACAUGGGCACGUGGCACCGCGCGUCGGAGCCGUUCGACGCGAGCAAGGUGCACGAGGACAUCAAGUACACCGAGGAGGACGACAAGGCGAUCGACGACUGGAUCGCGGACCACGUCGAGACGACGUGGCACUCGCUUGGCACGUGUGCGAUGAAGCCGCGCGAGCAGGGUGGUGUCGUCGACAAGCGCCUCAGCGUGUACGGCACGGAGAACCUCAAGUGCGUCGACCUCAGUAUCUGCCCGGACAACCUCGGCACGAACACGUACUCGUCUGCUCUCCUCGUCGGCGAGAAGGGCGCCGAUCUCAUCGCUGAGGAGCUCGGCCUCAAGAUCAGGGUGCCCCACGCUCCUGUUCCUCAUGCGCCCGUCCCGACCGGCAAGCCCGCCGCGCCGUUGUUCCGCUGAACGCUGUCUACGGUCUUGGUCCCGCGCGAGAUGUUGCGGAGUGGAUUUCCUUUCUCUUCAACCGACGCUUAAGUUCGGAUUUUUUCAUUGUUGUAACUUUACCGCAUGUAUCAUGGAGGCUUUCUGUGUAUGUACGAAUAGCAAUAUGACCCGUGUUUCAACGGCAUCAUCAUCC